UGUCAUUGGACACCGAGAGGGGAUUUGAGGUGUGUGAAGCAUCAGCGACGGGGACGAGAUGAUUAUUCCUUCCCAUAGCGUCGGGCAGUGAACCCUGAUGUGCACUACUCACCUGCAGGAGCACCUGCAUGAAGCAGAGUCUUCAAAUAUGUGGCUCCCUGUCUUAUUUUUUCCUCCUGCUCCCUCCCUCUCUCUCUCCCUCGAGGGGGUCGUUGGGAUAUAUCUAGCCGUGCAGCCAGCCAUACAAAAAACAAAUCCUUCCCUCCGUCUCUCUCUCGUCCCUUACUUUUUUGCAGGCGCCUCAUUUCCUAGCUUCUUGUCCACGAUAUGGCUACUCACCCGCGCGAUGAGAUUUCCCGCAUCGAGGAUGAUGAAGUCGUCAGUUCCGCGGUUGAGGAAACCCACGAGUCGGAUGUGAAAAUACAAUGGGGACAAGUAGUCGAAAUCGACGAUUCCUACCUCCGCGCCUCAAAGUUCACGAGGUUCUACCGCAGCGUUUUAUUUCAAAUGAUUCUUUUCGGCGCCCUCUCCUUCGUCGGCCCCGCCAUGUCGGACGCCAUCUCCAACCUGGGCGGCGGCGGUCUCUCGACCCCUUUCCUCGCCAACCUCGCUACGUCCCUCAACGCCGCCUCAGGCUUCUUCGUCGCGCUGUGUGGGGGGCCGCUGAUCAAUAAACUGGGGAUUAGGUGGGCGUGUGUGUUGGCGGGGCUGGCGAUGCCGUUGGCGGGGUCGGGGUAUUAUGUUAGUGCGCGGUGGGGGGUGGAUUGGUAUUUGUUGGUUUCGAGGGUUGUUGGAGGGGUGUUUGAUGGGUUUUUAUAUGUGGCGGAGACGACGGCUAUGUUGUCGUAUCCGGAUCAGAAUGAUAGGGGGUUAUUUCUUGGCAUUUGGUCCGCGAUGAGAAAUACUGGCAGUAUUGUGGGAGGAUCGAUUAAUUUUUACACGAAUUAUAAGAGGUCUUCGGCUGGUGGGAUCGCGUGGUCUACGUACCUUAUUUUCGUUGGCUUUGAAUGCACCGGUGCCAUAUGGGCAUUCAUGCUCUCGCCGACCUCUAAAGUCCGACAUCGCGAUGGGUCGAAGGCCGCCACCUCCACUGAUAUUUCUUGGGCGGCGGAAUUCAAAGCUCUAUGGAAGCAUCUACAGAAUAAGAAGACCUGGCUCAUGUUCUUCCCCGCCUUCUACUCCUUCUUCUACGGUGGCACAUUGGGAACCUACCUCGCCCUGCACUUCAGCGUGCGCGCACGCGCCUUGUCGUCUCUCAUAACUCCAACCAUUACAAUCCCAAUGGUCGUAGCCUACGGCCGACUCAUGGAUCAACAGCGCUGGUCCCAGAUGCACCGCGCCUGGAUUGGGGUCUUGAUCUGGCUCAUACCGCAAGUUGGGUGCUUCAUCUGGAUUGGCAUCGAAUACAGUAAAUUCGGCACUGAGAAAGCAGCCCUCGAUUAUGUCCUACACACCCGCCAAUGGGCAGAAGCCUAUCUCCCCUACCUCAUCAUCUUCUCCACCGGCUACCUAACCCAACUCUCCCUCUACUGGAUCCUCGGCACCUUCUCCACGGACGUCAAGUCCUCCGCCCGCACUGGGGGUCUCUUCCGCGCCUUCGAGACCCUAGGACAGACUGUCUCGUACGCGGUCAACUCCAAUGCGAAGGCGGAUCCGAGGGUCGCGUUGUAUGUGAAUUGUGGGCUUUUGGUGGCGCUGGUACCGUGCUUGGUGGUAUUGAUUGGGAUGGUGCCGGAGAGGCCGAAGGGGUAUGAUGUUGAUGUUGACGAGGGGCCGCUGUUGAGGAGGGAGGAUAUGGGGGGUGAGGGGGUGGGGGAGGGGGGUGGGAGGAAAGAUGUGUAG